AAAUAAAUCCCUCCCCGAAACGCCCACUCCGAUCCCUCACGCGCGGUAUCCGUUACAAAGGCCGCGAAACAAGCCCUGCCAUUAUCUCACGGUAUCAUCCGCGUAUUAACACAUGGGCGUUAAUCGGCGCCGUUUGGGUAAAGGCAUCCGCGGAUUCAAUCGGAGGCAGCAGUAACCUGCCGCUGCUGGAGUUACAGUUUAACACUGUGUGGAGCUGGAGGAACACGGCAGGCCAGGCAGCAUCGGUGCAGCAGGAAAGUCGACGUUUCGGGUCGGGAUUCACCAGCGCCGGUCCCUCAGUCUGGGAAGGGGAGUGAUAUUGUGACCACCACCACCAACAGCAGUAGAUUCGCCAUCGUCCGUUGUCUUUUCGGCGAUGGGGAAAACCUACUUCUGCGAUUAUUGCAGCAGAUCGUUUCAAGACAAUCUCCACAACAGAAAGAAACACUUACAAGGAGUUCAGCACCAGAGAGCCAAGAAAUUCUGGUUCGAUUGUUUCCGAGAUAGUGCCACAAUACUGGCAGAAGAACUUGCCAAAAAGCCUUGCAGAAAGUUUCUACAAUCAGGUCAGUGUGAUUUUGGUGUAAAUUGCAAAUUCUCUCAUAUGACCGAUGACGAUGUUCAGAAGCUGAGACAAAGUGUGGAAGAAGAGAACAAAGUAGAACAUGGUAACAGACCUGCACCCGAUAUUAAUGAAUGGUUGUCAAAAAGAGCAAAAAGGAAAGAAAGCCAUUCAAACAUGAGUGGUUCUGAAAUGGAAAAAGAGGUUGAUGAUGAACCUGUUGUUUACUGGCUACCUCCAGGAUAUCAAGCAGUUCAUGAGUUACCUCCAUCUCUACAUCCUCCACCUCCUGGAGGUUGGAAGACUGCAGUAAAUGUUGAAUGGGGUUAACAUAUGAGACUUUUUCUAUGGGGAAAUAAAAGAGAAAGUUGUACUUAGACUGGAAUUCAAUUAACUGGGGAGCCACUUUGUCGAAUGAUGCACUUUUGAAAAUUAUGAAAGCUUCUCAAGUAGGACUGUUUCCACAUGAAAGCUAUGCAUGGAGCACAGCACCCAAUCAACCUGGUGUCUUUGCAACCAUUGCUGUGCAAUUUGACUAAUUGUUGUGAAUUUGCAGUAUUUGUCAACCAUCUUAACAAAUGUAAAACAUUAAGGGCAGCAGUAAUUUAGUGUAAUAUUGAUGGAAAUUGUUUCAAACUAAGCAGACCCCUUUUCUAACAAAAUGCUGGUGCUUUUAUUAUUGAACAAGUCUGGCUGAUGUUUGAAUUAGUAAGCCGUGCCCUUUGCAAACACUGUAGUUAAUAGAUGUGAUCAAGAUCUUUAGGUGUAUAAACAUCACAGUUCUUGACAUUCUUCAUGCUUGUAUAGCAUCUCAAGCAUAAGCUUAAAUCCACAGAUAAGGAAUUCAGUGAUUUUAUAAAUUGUUACAAAUUUUAGAGAAAUAUAGCUAUCAUAAGAAUGUCGAAUAUAAAUGUACUUCCAGAUUUGCUUUCUUCCUCAUAGUAAAUGUGAAACCUUUGGUGAUAUAUAUGGUAAUGAGAGAAAUGAAGUAUGUUUGUGUGUUUUUUUGUUCUAACAAACAUCUUAUUUUUGACUAGAAUGUUUUGUGACAUCAAGCUCAUGUUCAUAACUGUCACUUAAAAAGUGCUGAUUUUUUUCACUUUCUUGUGAAGGAGAUUUACUCAUUGGAGUUGGAUGUUAUACAUGCUUUUAAAACAACAUGGCAAAUGACGUAUAUGCUUUCUAGUCCAGGAAGUACACUGCUGUAUGUCAUGGACGGCUCUCUGAUGAAGGGUCUAGGCCCGAAAUGUCAGCUUUUGUCCUCCUGAGAAGCUGCUUGGCCUGCUGUGUUCAUCCAGCUUCACACUUGGUUAUCUUGGAUUCUCCAGCAUCUGCAGUUCCCAUUAUCUCUGAUCACACUUUCUGUAUCAGUUUGCUUUAUAGUGCCUUAGGCUCAUUUUCAUUCUUUGACUAUUUUUUCCCAGUCUUGCCUUCUCAAAGUUGCAGGUAAGUAAAUGGUGGAUAGUAUGGUGUACAUAAUGUUUUGUACAAAGAUUUGAAUAGCAGAGCUUUACUAUAAUCUGCAGACCACAGCGGCAUCACCCAGUCCCUUAAGCACUCUUCAGCAAUGUGAUUCACGGAGGUGUAACCAGAACAAAAAUACAUGCUGUUUCUUUAACAGAUUUCUAGUUUCAACAUUUCGUUACAGCAGCUUUACAUUUCAAAGCUUGAUUUAGAGCUGAUGAUUUUUGCACUUGGCAGCCUUUAUAGAUCCUCUUUUGAACUCUUUAACUGUGUAUAUUAUAAAACAGUUGUGGCAAUUUUCAAAUUUUAUCAUGUAUACCAGAUUUAACUUGACUGAAUUAAUAGCAUGCUUGUCUCUGGGUAAGAAGGUUUUAAGUUUAAACUCAUUGAGUCAUCAUUUCAGCCAGGUAUUGAGGUAGUACUGCACUGUCAAAAGUAUCAUCUUUUGGGAUGAAACAUACUGAGCCCUGGUCUGCCAUUAGAACGUAAAAGAUCUCAUUCCACGUUGGAAGAACAAGUUAGUUAAUCCUGGUGACCAGACUAUGUUUAUUCUGCAGUCUAUAUCACAUUGCUGUUUGUGGAAGUUGGAAAAUUGUUUCGAACAUCUUGAGGUCAUAAUAGCUGAGCUUUAAAUGCAAUUCUUCUAUUUCUUAGUACCAAGUCUGCAAACUGUGGUGCGAUGUCAGAAGAGCAUUAUUUGAUGUUACUUGUCAUUUUUGUAUGUGUACCCUUUGUAAUUAUUGUUCAGAUGAAAGCAAAAUGCUGUGGAUGUUCAUUGUUUUCACUCCACUCACUUCUUACCUGCUAAGUGUUUCCAAUAUUUUCUGACCAUACUGUUCAGAUCUUUUAUUCACCCCUUCUGCUGCUCAAUACUGUUGCAUCUAGUAUGGGACAACAUCUCAAUAUUUUGUAGAGGAAUAUGUUCAAGCACUGGUGAAACUUGUCUGUUAUUUGUCACUUGUCACAGUUGAUCCCUUGAAUGUACUUAUUAUUUAAUGA